CUGCCCCUGUAAGUUAACCCACGGCGAGAAGCGACCAAAUGGGACGUCAACCCGAAGUCGCAUUCCACAAGCCCUGUCCAAAGUACACAGCCUAGAGCUAAACGAAUAACCAUGCCUAUAUCAGUUGUUCAGCCCUGGGCGCCAGCCAUUGAUGCAGGUAAGCGGCGUAUACUUGAUCCAGGGCUUUCCUCGCUCGCGGGUCACGUAACGGAGUUAAGCCAAGCCAACUGGGCAGGUGGUUAUCUGGCGAGGCAGAGGAGGGGAAGAAUGUGCCUUUUAGAACGAGCAUAUGCGCUCUUCCACAAUUCGACGACCUUGUCGUGGGCCAUUCGGUUUGUGCAUGAGCGCAUUCUCGCACCAUGUACUGUGAGCUUGUCGUUGCAAUAGCCUACUUGGUUGCGCUCGCCGCCUCGACAUCGACGCUUGGCCUCACGACUGGCCGUCUCGCGCGCGGCGACACUGCCAAACUCCGCUGGGCCGGCGUGUCGGAGGAACAUUACCCGCUCAGUCUGCAGGCCCGGUUCUUCAACGAAACCGGCGACGGCGUCUUCUCCAUCCGGAGCACCAUCGCGAAUGGCUUGACGCGGGAUCGGUUCGACUGGAAGGACGUGCCGGCGCCGCUAGACCACGUCCCUAAUGCACGGUACGAACUGAUACUCGUGCCAGAGGGAGAGAGCGGGCCGCGAGUAGGAUACGAGGGUUUGUUUCGGGUCGUUGAAGAAGGAGACGGCUCCGAUGAGACGGAUGGCGGUUCACCCGGAGGAGACUCGCCGGGAGGGGACUCUGGGUCGGACUCAGAACACGAUGGCGACGACAAGCACAACAUCGCCAUUGGAACGGGUGUGGGCUUGGGAUUGGGCCUGCCGCUUGUAAUAGGGGCAGCGUGGUGGUUCAGAAGGAGGAGAAAGGGCAGGAUGGGAAGAAGGAAGAAAGGGGCAGAAGAAUGAUUUGAAUAUGUCACUGCAAGACGACUACUUCACCAAACAGAAAGCUAACAUGAAAGGCAUGAACCGACUACGAUAUCAAACAAGUCUUAUGUCAAACCACGACAUCACCAU